CGCGCUUCAGUCACGCACGGCUGCUCAGGCCGGAGGGAACGGCAGCCUCCUGCGCACGGGUCGGGGGAUGCGUCUCGGGCUGGGAGCUGUCACCAGGACAACCACGGGCUCAGCCAAGGGCAGAGGACCCGUUCAAGGUCAGAGGUCAACACUGGUUUUCAGCCAGCCAGUCCAACCUGUCAACCCAGCAAGCACUCAGAAAAUCCAAGAUAACACAGAUGAGGUUUUCACCCAUCAUGCUCCUCCUCCUGCUCCAGUGUCAGCAGCAGCCCAGCCACAAGCCGUGGCCUCUAGAUCUCUGAUGCCCAAAGUGAGCCAGUCAGGCCUGCGCCCCCCAGGCUUCAGCUCCAGCCGUCUCCCUGCGGGCCGCCUGGCAGCCUUCGGCUUUGUCAGGAGCUCCAGCGUGUCGUCCGCCUCCUCCGCCCACUCUGCUGAAAGCACACAGAGUGACUCCUGCAGGACGGCUCACCGUCUAAGUGUGAGCGAAGAGCCUCCCCUCCACAGAGUGACCACCAGCCCUCCGUCCACAGAUCACCAGAGAGGGGCCCCAUGUCGCAGCCAGAGCCUCCAGCCACCCUCCACCCCAGCCCUGCCCCGACGCUUCCUGCCAGCUCCGCCAAGAAGCUCCCCUGGAGUUGGCAGAAAGGAGUUUCAGCGGAGUUCAGAGGUCACGCGUUCUCUCCCCUCUUCCCCAAAGAGGCUGGCGGUGGUUCCUCCCAAACCUCAGUCCCCGGUCCAGUCUGUGCAGCGACCUGCUGCAGCAGUGCGGGGGUCAGCUCCCCCGGGGUCCCCUCUCCGUGUGGCCCCCCUGAGGCAGCAGCAGGAACAGCAGGAGAGCCUGCAGAGAGAGAAAGAGGAGGCUCAACAGAAAGAGAGAGAAAGACAAGCAGAGGAAAGAGAAAAAGAAGAGCAAAGGGAGGAGGUUCAGAGGCUGCAGGGACGCUGUGAGCAGCAGGAGAGGCAGCUCGGAGCUCUGAGAGAAGAACUGAGGAAGACUUCCUUGGGUCUGGAAGCCUUUAUCAUCACCACUCAGCAUUACUGCCUCAAGAAUAAAACAACAAAAGAAAAUCAAAGAAAAUUGUCCUUGGAAAUGCAAAAUAUCAGAGAGGAAAUGGCAUCCAACACAGCGCGAUGGGAGAGACUCCAUCGGGAGAAGACGGCGCUGGAGGUGGCGUUUGAGCAAGAGCUGCAGGAGCUGCAGCUGCAGCAAGAGGCCGAGCUCGUUGCCGUGGAGGAGGGGCUCAGGAAGUGUCACUCAGCCGAGGCAGAACACCUGAAGGAGGAGCAUCGCUCGGAGAUGGAGGAGCUGAGGAUUCAGCAACAAGAACAGGUGGAGGAAAUAACGGUCAACCACCAGGCAGCCAUUCAAGAGCUUAGAGACAUGCAUAACAUCACCAUGGCAACGUUGCACGAGGAGCACGCCCGCACCAUGAGAGACUUAAGGAAAGCUCAUGAGCAACAGAAGACGCUUCUAGAGGAGGAUUUUGAGAAACUCCGGCUUGCUCUACAGGAUCAAGUGGAUACGCUCACAUUUCAAAACGAGAGUCUGAAGAACAAAGCCAAACGCUUUGAGGAAGCUUUGAGGAGGAGUACAGACGAACAGAUAGUUGAUGCUUUGGCUCCAUACCAGCACAUUGAGCAAGAUCUAAAGAGCUUGAAGGAGGUUGUGGAAAUGAAGAACCAGCAGAUCCACCAGCAAGAGAAAAAGAUCUCGGACCUGGAGAAAGUGCAGGCCCAAAAGAACGUGUUCCUUGAAGAGAAGGUGCAGGUGCUGCAGCAGCAGAAUGAAGAUCUCAAGGCCCGUAUUGACAAUAACCUAAGCCUUUCCCGGCAACUGUCAGAGGAGAACGCUAACCUCCACGAUUCGGUCGAGAAGGAGAGCACUGAGAAAAAAAGGCUAAGUCGGAACAACGAGGAGCUUCUGUGGCGUCUGCAGACCAGUCCCCUCAUGUCCCCUGCCUCCUCCCCACUGCACCACUCCUUCUCCACUUCCCCGGUCCCCUCAUCCCCUUUCUUUUCCUCCUCACCUGUCACAGGAUGCGACUCACCUACCCACUGCCACGGCUGUCAGCAGCAGGCUCAAUACUACUCCCCCUCCCACAGAGCCAAUCGAAAUCUCUCCCCUGGACCGGGGACACCCACUCACAAGGCAGCGACAAAUCAGAAUUACUCCCCUGGCCCGGCCACGCCCACACACAGAGUGUCACCCAAUCGCUGUAACUCAGCAGCUUGUGUCAGUUCUUUUCAGAGAUAAGCUCUCAUAUCAGUCUUCAAUUUCCA